ACCUAAUGCGAGAGGACCAGGAAGAGAACUGAGGAGCAGCAGCCUCCGGUGCCCGUUGCCCGAUCCCGGUCUUUGCUCGGGGACCUGCACGGUGGGAGCCGCGCGCUGCAGACCCGGGUGCGGGGGACGCGGCGGGCGCCGCGGGGACCUGGAGACUCCGGAGCCGCAGUGUCCGCGCGGGGCGGGCGGCCUGGGAAAGUCAGCGUCAGCAGCAGCGCAGUGGCGGGAACCGCAGCCCGGCGGCCCUGGAACCUCCCAGCCAGUGGUAUGACUGUGGACUUCCCCCAGGAGGAGGGACAAUGCCUGGAGCCUGCUCAGAGGGCUUAGUCUGAAUGUUGCAGAAUUGCAGCAGUAUGGUUUCUGGCUCACUGAUCACCCAGACCUGCUCACCUGUGCAGCUGAACAAAGGGGCCUGGAAGGAGAGAGGAGACAGACGCUAAGAAUCCAGGGCAUCAAGCCAUCUAUUCCUUGUUCCUGAGAGAGAAACUCAAAGAAGAGAAAGAGAAAGAAAUGGCUGAUUCUCCAGUAAACAUGUCCCAGGGUCCAUUGACAUUCAGGGAUGUGACUGUGGAGUUCCCCCAGGAGGAGUGGGAAUGCCUGGACUCUGCUCAGAGGGCUUUGUACAUUGAUGUCAUGUUGGAGAAUUACAGCAACCUGGUCUCUGUGGAGAACUAUUACAUAUGUGAUCCUGUCCAUCAGCGUGUGAAGACUGAAAAGGAGUCUUGUCAGUGUAAUGACCUUGACAAAGUGCUUCAUGACCCCUCCACAUAUGCACUUCAUAGAACAAGUGAAUCUACAGAAAACUCUAAUAACUACACAUGCAGUAAUCACAGGGAUGCCUCUGUUGACUCAUCAAACCCAGACAAACAUGAAAGCAUGCACACUGGAGUAGAACCUUGUCAAUCUAAAGAUUGUGAGAAAUCUUUAAAUAUGUGUUCCAGCAUUACUCAAGAUCAGAGAGUCUACACUGCAGAGAAAGAGCACAGGCAGGAAGAAUAUGAUGAUUAUUUCAGAUCUGCAUAUAGUCUUUUGCAACAACCAAUCUACAUUGGGGAGCCACCACACCAAUGUAGGAAAUGUGGGAAAUGCUUCAGGUCUGCCUCAAGCCUCAAUGUACAUCAGAGAAUUCAUAUUGGAAAGAAACCCUACAAGUGCAACAAUUGUGACAAAUCCUAUAACCAGUGGGCAAAUCUUAAAACACAUCAAAGGCUUCAUACUGGGGAGAAACUUUACAAAUGCAAAGAAUGUGGAAAGUCAUUUACUCAGUCCUCAGCUCUUAAAAGCCAUCAAAAAACACAUACAGGAGAGAAGCCUUACAAAUGUAAGGAAUGUGACAAGUCCUUUGCCCACUGUUCCAGUUUCAGGAGACAUCAGAAAAUCCAUAGUGAUGAGGAACAUUGCAGGUGUCAAGAAUGUGGCAAGGUCUUCCAUCAGCUUUCACAUCUUAAGAGCCAUUACAGACUCCAUAGUGGAGAGAAGCCUUACAAGUGCAAUGAGUGUGACAGAGCCUUUCCCCACUAUUCAUCACUUAGGUGGCAUCAGAAAACUCAUUCUUUAGAGACAUUUUACAAAUGCAAAGAGUGUGGUAAGUCCUUUCUUGAAUUAUCACAUCUUAACAGGCAUUAUAGAAUCCAUACUGGUGAAAAGCCUUAUAGAUGUGAGAUAUGUGACAAAUCCUUUACUGUGAACUCAACUCUUAGAACACAUCAGAAAAUUCAUACUGGAGAGAAAUCUUACAAAUGUACGGAAUGUGACAAGUCCUUUACCCGGGACUCACAUCUUAGAAGGCAUCAAAGUGUUCACACUGGAGAGAGACCUUACAGUUGUAAAGAAUGCGGCAAAUCUUUUACUACAUGUACAUAUCUUAGAGAACAUCAGAAAAUUCAUACUGGAGAAAAACCUUACAAAUGUGGAGAAUGUGACAUGUCCUUUAUCCAGCGUUCAAAUCUUAGAACACAUCAGAGAGUCCAUACUAGAGAGAAACCUUACCAAUGUAAGGAAUGUGGAAAAUAUUUAACCACGCGCUCAACUCUUAGAGAACACCAGAAAAUUCAUACUGGAGAGAAACUUUACAAAUGUAUGGAAUGUGACAAAUUCUUUACCCAUAACUCACAUCUUAGAACACAUCAGAGAGUUCAUACUGGAGAGAGACCUUACAGUUGUCAACUAUGUGACAAAUCUUUUACCUCAUGUUCAUAUCUUAGAGCACAUCAAAAAAUUCAUACUGGAGAGAAACUCUACAAAUGCAAAGACUGUGACAUGUCCUUUCUACGAAUUUUUAGUCUUAAAAUACAUCAGAAAAUUCAUACUGGAGAGAAACCUUACAAAUGCAAAGACUGUCACCUAUCCUUUAAUCAGAUUUCAGAUCUUAGAAGACAUCAGAAACUUCAUACUGGAGAAAAACCUUACAAAUGUCUAGAAUGUGACAAAUCCUUUAACUACAUGUCAAAUCUCAGAACACAUCAGAGUAUUCACACUGGAGAGAGACAUUACAGAUGUAAGGAAUGUGACAAGUCUUUUACUAGCUGCUCGUAUCUUAGAGCACAUCAGAAAAGUCAUACUGGAGAGAAACUUCACAAAUGCAAAGACUGUGGCAUAUCUUAUAUCCACCUUUCAAAUCUUAGAAGACAUCAGAGAGUUCAUACUGGAGAGGAAAAUACUGUUGUAAAUCAUACAACAUAGCAUUCAUAUGGUAUUCUUAUCAAUCCCAAGAUUAUACAUUACAGAAACAAAGACAAGAAAUUUGUGAAAGUCUUUAAUGAAGUUAUAUAAAUAUCAAAGUUUGUAUUCAAAUAAAAUUAUGCAAUAGUAACUGAAUUAUUUUUAACGUGUGUGGGUGCUUUGUCUACAAGACUUUGUGUCCACUAUAUGUUUGUCUGAUGCCUGUAAAGGCCAGAGAGGGCAUCAGAUUCCCUGACUUUACUUAAAAGCAAUUGUGAACUAUUGUAUGUGUGUUGAAACUUGAACACAUUGUUCUGGAAGAGGAACCAGGGCUCCAAACCAUUUCUCCAGCCUGUGGGAAUAGCUGUAAUAAAAAAAAAAUUACCUUCCUCAACAUCCAAUAAGUGAUAAUAAUAUCAGGCAUGGUAGUACAUGUCUUCAAUCCCAGCACUCAAGAGGCAAAGGAACAAAAAUGUCUGAGUCUGAAGCCAUCGUGGUCUACAUAGUGAGUUCCAAGACUGCAGAACUACAUAGACCCUGUCUCAAUAAUAAUAAUAAUAAUGACAGAAUUGCUAACAUAAAAAUGUGACAAAGCCUUUAGUUUUCCUUCUAAAUGUACUGUACAUCACAAACUUUAUAGCUCUAAGAAACCGUGAAAAGUAUACCAUAUAUAAUCCCUAUUCAGUGGAAAUUACAGUCACCAGAUGCAUUGAAUUUGUAAAAGCCUUUACCCAUGAAAGAAAAUGUUCUAAUAAAGUCCCAUUUUUUUGUUCA